CGACGGAACGUCAUCCCGAUCCUAUCCGUCUGAGUCAGAAGGCGGAGGGGGGGUCCAUCCUCUCUCGCCACGGGGCGUGCGCCGGCGAUGCAACGACGUCGCUCGGCGCAGCGGCGUGCGACGGGUGGCGGCGUCGUGGCGCGGGCGCUCUCCCAUCGCGAAGCCCGGGCCAUCGCAGCAGCCCGGCGGCUCUCGCAGGAUGUCGAUGUCUCGCGCGGCGCGCCCUUCGGGAGGUGCCGAAGUGACUCCGUGCCUCGUAUACACGCGCCACGAUUGAUCGCGCUCCGUCCCCCGUACUCCGAAAUUUUGGGGAAAACAACCUUCCCCCCUCAUACCGGUCCCGUCCUGUCUCCUUCUCGCUCAACAAGUUUAACAACCCCUUCUUCCUGGAGAUUUGUAAAAAAAAAGAAAAGAAAAAAAUCCGUCGACAGGCCGGCAACGAGAAAAGAGAGGAAACAAAAAAUGAGAAACGCGCGUUUUUCGAUUUCAUCUCUCCCUCGUGAAUGAAAAAAAGGGUGGCGGCGUAAAAAAGCUCGCGGAAAAACGCGCGGCUCGUACGCACUCCGCGAGCCGGUUUCUCUCUCUCAGGUCCGCGUAUGCGUGAGAAACGCGUUGGUGCGUGUGUUUACAACCUGUGGGUGGUGCGGUGGCGGCAGCGGCGGCGUUAGGCACCGAUUACGGGAUAUGGAUUCGUUGUGGACCCGGGUGGAGGCGGAAGACGGCAGAUGACGGGAUACACGGCCGAGCCCGGCGAGUGGAGGCGCCGAAUGAAAGUGAAAGCGAGGGACUGCUGUUGCUGCUGCACAAUGGGCAGUGCGAUGUGCGAUGAGGGAGGAUGCGUCGCCCUCGGGAGAACGACGAUGAAGGGUGCUGGGAAGAUGAACGCCGGAAGGCGGCGAAUGCCUUGAGCUCACCCCGCUGCAAACCCGGUGGAUUGCGUGUGCAAGGGCCCACCCUCUUUAGAAUUCCCCGUCCGUAGAGGAGCGAAGAGCUCGUGUCGAAGACAAAGACGAGGGGGUCGGCGCGCGAAAGGGGGUGCGAAAGGAGCGCGGAGAGGCGCAAGGGAGAGUCGAGAGACUCUCCGAGAGAUAGAGAGGUACGGUUAAGCCCGAGGGUAGGUGAAGAAGCGAGAGGGAGAUAAGGAGAUAAGGAAGAUGGGCGAGAGCUCGCCGGAUCUCAGCCUCCGGCUACGCCAGGGCAGCUCCGACUCCAGGGACUCCUUCUACAUGGACUUCGCACAGGGUAUCGAUUCUGAUAUCGAAGAAGUGACGCGGCCAGGUGACAAUAAUUCUGAUCCCAUGCUGGAAAAUCAUCUGGAGGAAAAUGGGAACGAUUUUCCACUGAUUGAGGACAUUACGACAAUCCCCGAGGAGGCCUCGGAAGAAUUAAGGGAGGAAGAGGAGGCGGCCGCGUUGGAGGCCGCGCUUCGAACGCCAGACGGUGGCACGAUUAGCACGGAAAUCGAGAAGCCAUCGACCACGACGCUCGCGCAGGAUUGGCCAGGACUGCCGGUCGCGCUACCGUCACCAGCCUCACCAUCUGCUGUAAUCGUCUCGCCGGAAACGUUGUCUAGACACAGCAGCAGCUCACCUUCUCGCGUUCACCGGCCACCCCAGUUCGCGUUGGCCCUACCAUGCUCCUCACAACCGAUUCCGGCGGUCUGCUAUCCGGCGCCGACCUUCCUCGAGGUCACCGACGAGCGGAAGUGGAAGAACCUUGGCUGCGACGCCCUGGCGACCACUUUGAGCGCGCUGUACGGGAAACUUCUGGUUGUGAUGGGGAUCGCCUUUCCCAUGGCGGAAGUAAUAUCCACGUACAUACCGCCGUCUUUCUACGAGGCUUUCUACCUCUACCUCUACUUUGGCAGCAUGAUCUUCCUCAUGUACAUGUACACCAUGCUGUUCAGCAGCAGCAAGACGAAACCAAAGAAGCAGAAGGACGUGUGCGAUCUGGACUCGUCGAGAUCGUCGAGCGGCGCCGGCGGCGACAGCGACGCGCCUGAGACCGGAUGCCCUCACGUGAAUCCGGUACGUCGGGUCCAGCACUACGGCAGCUUCUAUCUGCGAAUGGGCGCCGUGGCGUUCGGCAUCGGCUCGAUGAUCUAUUCCGGAUUGGAAUUCGGCCAGUACUUCGAGCUGGAACAGAACACCAAGUGUCACAAUAUCAUGCUGGCCGUCACGCCCGCUACAAGAAUGGCCUUCAUCUUCAUCCAAAUGUACUUCAUAUUCUUGAACAAUGAGGAUAUGUUCUUUAAGCAAAUGAAGGUUUAUCGUCAUCGCGUCGUUGCACGUUUCGGACUAAUGCACAUGAUCGGCACGAAUCUGUCUGUUUGGCUGAACGUUCUCGUGCAGGAAACGAAACACGAGAUCCUCACGUUCUACAAUCCGGAGAACAACUCCCUCAGAAUCUCCCACAGACUAGGUUCGAAAGGAGCUCAUCUCGGUGGACACAUCCAUGCUCAUCAUGGGGAACAACACGUGCGACUGCCACGCGGUCUCAAGGGACCUCAUCACAUGUUCGAAUGCAGAAGGACGAAUAUAAUGGGAUCGUUGGUGCAAGACGCCAGCCCUUUCCUCUUCCCGUGCACAAUAGAAUAUAGCUUGAUUUGCGCGGCCAUUUUAUACGUAAUGUGGAAAAACAUAUCGAAAAUCGGAUUCACGCUGCCCGCGACGCCACCGCGUCACCACGCACACGCCUACAGGAAAUCGCCUCAUCAUUACAGCGUGGAUUGCGCCCGCGCGCACAAGGGCCUCUUCGUGGGCAUUCUGAUUCUAGUGCUGACCAUAAUCUCCCUCAUCCUCUUCUUCGUUCUCAUUUCGCGGCCCGAGCUGGUCGGCCUCGCUGUGACCGAGGUGAACAUCUGCGAGCUGACGCUCUACGGAAUGUCGACCCUGGCGACGUUGAUCGGCAUGUUCCAAAUGCGCAAACUGCGUUACGACGGCGGCAGAAACCUGGAGCUCGACAACAUCCUUCUGGUGGCCGCUCAGACCGGCAUGUUCAUCUACUCGACGUUUACCAUCAUCGGCGGUCAUUUCACCCUGCAGAAGCACACGGUCCUCGUGCUGGUCACCGCUCUGGCCAGCGUCGUCCAGACCACCUGCCAGACCAUCUUCAUUCUGGACGCGUCGAGGCGCACGGUCGCCACCGCUGAGCAGAUACGCAGGAAGCCGGGCAGAGAGAUCGUCACGUUCCUGCUGGUGACGAAUCUGGCUAUGUGGGCGAUCAACACGCUGGAAAAGUCACGGGCGGAGUCGCAUCCGGUGCAGUUGCACUUCUAUGGCCUGUGGGCGUGGACGAUCAUCACCCACGUCUCGAUGCCGCUGGCGAUCUUUUACAGGUUCCACAGCACCGUGUGUCUGUGCGAGGUGUGGAAGCGGGCCUACAAGGUGAAACCGACCUACAUGUGACGCAAGGGGUCCCGUGAGGUCAUAUGGAAGACCGGUGGGAUCCCGCAGCGAGCCAAGAGUCAACUGUCGAGGCUCGACGUCAUCGCGGAGAACGAUCCGGCGUAUUUCAUAUGAUCAGAAAAAAUGAAGUUGAAUCACGAAGGAGAAACAUCCAUCAGGCGAUGUUACAGGAAGUAGUUACAUUGAAAGACGGGCAGAACUUUUCUAGACGCAUCCGAUCACGAUUAAACCCAUUAAUACGUACACACGACGACAGAUCAUACGCAGACAAUUUCUAUCGAUUUCAGGGUAAAUUUCGGCUAACGGUAUGUAGUAAAUAGAUUCGGGGUUUCGAUAAGGGCGUUUUGAUAUUACAUACGUAAUCUGAUCACAAUUACAGAGGACGUCGGCAGAAAGAUACUCAUAAAGACUAGUUGUCCCACAUAAACAGUAGAUUAUUUUGUUAUUUAUCGACGGUCAGUGUUCUAGCUAGCCUUGUACGAAUUUAUUACGUCGAUAUAAAUGUUGGCGACUUCAUAAAAUUUACACAGCGCCAUUGUGUAAGUCUAACGUCACUUUCUAAAAAAAAAGAAAAAAAAAUAGAUCACCGUCACGCGCGCCAAAAAAUAUCACUGUGACUCGCGUUGAAAGAACAAUUUCAGCAAAUUCCAGAAAUGCGUAUUGAGAACUUAAAGCUGGUUUAUCAAAGCACGAUAUUAUAUAUAGUCUCCUUGAUACCUUCUCGACCACUUUUUAGAGAUUUCGACGUAAAUAGUCAUUCCAUUAUCCGUCAUUGAUAUUUGUAAAUAGCCUCUGAUGACUUUACCGCGCUGUAAAAAACCCAAGCAAGACAAAAAAUUACGAUGACAUCAAAAAUAACUUACAUCAAAAUGACUCCAAAUUGAUUAUUAAGAGUCACGAUUUCGAUCGAUCAUUUCAACAUUAUUUCGAUAAUCAACGUUAUCGUAAUCUAUUGUUCUGCUUGGGGGGACACAAAGAGGGAAGAAAUCUUUAAAUCACACAAAUGAACUUGUUAUCAGUAAUAGCAGGGUUCAUGCGAUAAAGGGACAUUACGUGUGUAUUGAUGUCUAUCGCUUGCCACUAUCAUAGCCUUUGCCCUAAGUGAUCGCUCUACAGAGCAAAAAUCGCAGAACCAGAGUCACUGAACGAGAGAAUCGAAUUUCAUGCGAUAAAGAAGGAAGUUCCAUCGCGAUAGCAGCGAAUAGACGAUUCCACUGUUAUCUCGUAUCGAUUCCACAAUAUCGUGCGAAUCGAUAGAGAAAACAGCAUUUAUCUGUUACAUAAAAGAAUCUUGGGAAGUGAAACAAUCAAUCGUACUUCUCAGACGAUCUGUAAUCUUCUGAUAGUUAUAUCUACAAAUCUUCUCGAAAUGGAGUUCAUUGAUAAAUAUUGAAUCAAUACCUCUUGCAAACAUUCUAAAUUUUUCUCUCUUGUAGAUAUUAAAACGACGAUUUCCUCAAUUCAAUCGACCAAAAGAAACGUAAUCGUGGAGAAAUAAGAGUGGCCAUUAUCCUCUCAUACAGCGCAGACGGCUUGCAGCAACGUUGCAUAUUGCGGUGUAAUGUUGCAAAGAUAUUGCAAAUAUUUUUUACAAUGUUACUUCAAUAAUGUUACGGCAAAAAUAUUGUGAAAAAUAAUGUCCUAUGCUUCAACGAACAGUACGCGUUACUGCUACCACAUGAAGAGUUCUCCUUCAUGCAAUUAAAAAAAUCACAUAAAACAGAAUAAAAGGCGCAGUCAUUAUGAUGAUACUUUUCACUUACAUUUUAAUGAAGUGAUUUUAAUAACAUAUAUUUUGACAGUAAAAAUUAAUUUAGGGACAUAUGAAAUUCUUGGAAGUUACGUUAAAAUGUAUUAACAUAAUGGAAAUUGAAUUAUUAUUAAAAACACCGAAACGUGUUGUAUUAUAUUGUAAUAUUAUUGCAGCAAUAUUAAAAACUGACGUUUUACAAUGUCGUAACGUUUUUGCAAUCGUGCGAUGAAGUGUCACUGCAAUCCUUCUAUGCUAUAUGGUUUUGUCAUAUAUUCGAUAUAACGCUCGCUCAAAUAUCUUCACACAUGAUUGCGUAGACGACAAAAUAUCCAUCCGUAGAAGUAGAAAGGGCUAGAAUUUUCUUAGAACCAACCUACUCGAAGCCAUUCGGCAUAGGCCUUCGACCAAUACGGGAACAAUGAAUCUUCUUCGUUCGAUAAACUUUUGUAUCCAUUCCGAGUGAGACGAGCGAGGAUUCGAGAUAAGUCGAAUUUUCUCUCUCAAAAGACUGAAACGAAUGUCAGGAGAACGAUCAGGGCACUAAGCAUAAAUUCUGAUCCACUGAGUCCUCUACAGCUGUGUGUAACCUGAAUAAUUGGUGCUCGUAUUCCAAUGCACUUGGACAUUUUCACGGAUAUCCGUCUUCCACAUAGUACAAAUUGCAGCUUGAACAACAAUUGUCGCGUAGAUGCAGAUGACUCGAAAGCUAAAAUAGCGACGAGAGAAAUAGAUUACAAGUAUGUUCAAUAGCAGUAAAAUCCGAAUAAAAUGUUAUUUAUGGAUUUUUGUAAUGAAUGAAAUCAUUGACCAUUAUUGUAUGAGACAAUUACAUAGAUUUUAAAUCCAAUUGACAAACAAUUAGAAGUAGUUAAUACUGACAAUGAAAAAGACCUAUUUUUCUCGGUUUUCUAUUUAACAAAUUCGAAAUCGAUUCGUACGAUCCGCGAACGCCAUAUUUUCGAGCGCCUUGCAUGAUGUUUAUGUAUAAUUCAAUAAAAAAAAACCAUGUAGAUAUUACCAUAAAUAUUCUAAAAAAAAAUUCAAAACAGAGAACCUUAGUCCUUUUAUACCUAAAAAGAUGAAAUACGCACAAGAAGAUUUAUAAAUAUAAUUUUAGACAUAUUGUCGUAGAAAUUGAGUCGUAAGAACGAAAAUAAUUAGUACCGUUGUUACGAUCGUGACUCGUAAUGCACGAAUAAUUUUAUUACCGACGUUGCAUUUGUAUUAUCAAGAGAAACUUAUUUUACGGCAGGCUCAGAAAGCUCAGAGUGGUCAGGAUCAAAUCGAUGUACAAGUGUGUAUAUCGUAAUUUUCAAAAGUAGAGCGAUAGAGAUGAAAAAAAGUGAAGACGUUCGAAGUAGGAAUACAGUACAACGGCUGAUCAUAUCAUUAAGCCUUAAAUCCGUCAAGAAGAGUGCUGUCCGAACUGAUAGGAGGUAAAGGGGAUCAAGAUCGAUCGCAAUCGACACGCGAUCUCGAAACUAGAAGCGACCUACUCGAGUUUCUUUCAUGCUCAACAGACGUGAUGAUUAGAAGAUCACAGAAGCAAAUGAGAAUGAAUAAAUGACGUGCGUGAUCGCGCGAAUGUCGCGUGCAUGAUGCGUGCGUGUGCGUGCGUGCGUGCGUGCAUGUGUGUGUGUGUGUGUGUGUGUGUGUGUGUGUGUGUGUGUGUGUGUGUGUGUGUGUGUGUGUGUGUGUGUGUGUGUGUGUGUGUGUGUGUGUGUGUGUGUGUGUGUGUGUGUGUGUGUGUGUGUGUGUGUGUGUUGCGUGCUUGCACAUGAAACAAGAGAAAAGGCGAAGAGAAAGGAGGCAAAGUCGAGAUUUAACGUAGGCGUUUAUGAGUAAUAUGUGUUUCGUGCUAGAAGCUUUGAUAUCGAUUACCGCCGUUGCAAAUUCUAGUUAUCUGGUCGAUGCAGUCGAUCUUUUGUAAGAUAUAGUUUCUUUAAGAUACGGCUGUAAAUAAAACAGUGGAGAAUAUACAAUAAAGCGAAUUCUCUCGGUGUUUAGCGCUAGUUGUGUCGACAUGUUUCUUCCUCUAACAUAUAUAUGUAUGUGUAUAUAUAUAUAUAUAUAUAUAUAUAUAUAUAUAUAUAUAUAUACAUAUAUACAUACAUAUAUACAUACAUAUAUAUAUACAUACACAUAUUUAUAUAUACAAGAUAUAAAUAUAUUUAUUAUUACGUUGUUCUAUUAUAUAAUAUUUAUUAUAAUCUGACAUAGGAUUUACGCGCGACAUGUUACGUUUAUUGAGAGUCCCAAGGACUCGUGCCGAGAUCCCAUGUUCAUUAUUUUCUUCACUUCUCUCUCGUCUAUAUCUUUGUCCUAAAUAGAGCAGUCAGAGUUGCCGCGUAAGUGAUGUGAAAAAUGAAGAUAUCUAAGUAGCAAGACUUCAGACGUAAAUAAAUAUUGCAUAAUGAUUUAGAUUCAAUCGUUACAGCCUAAUUAUUUAUAUAUAUAUAUUGACCGCUCUGCGUUUUGAGCUUGAAAUGUUGCAAAGAGAAAGAGCCUUUUGCGGUAGAUUCGUCCUUUUCAGGUAGACUUCUCUCGUGCACACAUUGUUGACGCGUUUACGAUCUCGGCACGAAUCCUCCUUCCCCUCCCCCUCGUAAAAAGAUAAAAUCAGGGCGAAAUCACGAAGAACGCAAUUCGCAAUUUGCGAGUGAUAUAAGAGAAGAGAGAAAACGGAAAAAGUUCUCUUUGCUACAUCACGUCUCUGAACUGUACUUUUUCUAUGUCCACAUAAUCUAGUUCCUACGUAAUGUUUGUACUCUUAUACCCUUUGUACUAUUUGUACCUUACGAAUUGCAAUACACUCGUCCUCAAUAA